AUGGCAGUAUUUCUUCUCAAGUUUUUUGUGGAGGUAAGAAAAAAAAUUUCUUCUUCUUUUUCUUCUUGGUGGAGGGACAUCAUCAAGGUAGGGAGCUUUUCUAACAUUGAUCCUAUUGCUUCCAAUAGUAGAUUUAUUAUUCGUAGCGUUUUUUCUACUCCUUUUUGGGAAGUCAAGUGGUUAGAAGAUAAAACCUUGAAAGAGGAUUUUUCUGAUUUAUUUGUGAAUUCUUUUUUGAAAAGAGUUUCGGUGGCGGGCAUGGGGGGUUGGAGUGAUGGAAUAUGGAUAUGGGGUGACCUCGAUUUAUCUGCGGUCGUGGACCAUGACCCAGUUUUGUUGCCCGAUUAUGUGUCUUUAAAGGAGCGUUUGGAGGAUUUUGUUGGCAUGUCGUGUAACGCCCUUUAA